CUGAGUCAGGCGGCUGGGAGAGCUGGGGCUGACUCGGCCAGGGGCGGAGCUUGCGCUUGCGCGGUGGGCAGCUUCGGGGCGGGGCAGGUUUAUAUUCGCGGAGGAUCAGCUGACGCUCUGCAUUGCAGACUGCGGAGUCAAGCGGCGCCAUGUACGCUCUCUUCUUCCUGGCCAGCCUCCUGGGCACGGCUCUAGCCAGCCCUGUCCUGGGCCUCAGAGAAUGCACCAGGGGCUCAGCAGUGUGGUGCCAGAACGUGAAGACGGCGGCCGACUGUGGGGCUGUGAAGCACUGCCUGCAGACCGUCUGGAACAAGCCGACAGUGAAAUCCCUUCCCUGUGACAUAUGCAAAGAUGUCAUCACUGCCGCGGGCGACAUGUUGAAAGACAAUGCCACUGAGGAAGAGAUCCUUGUGUACCUGGAGAAGACCUGUGACUGGCUUCCUAAGCCGGACCUGUCUUCCUCCUGCAAGGAGAUGGUGGACUCCUACCUCCCAGUCAUCCUGGACAUGAUUAAAGGACAGGUGAGCAAUCCCGGAGAGGUGUGCUCCUCUCUCAACCUCUGCGAGUCUCUUCAGAAGCACCUGGCGGAGCUGAACCACCAGAAACAGCUCGAGUCCAACAAGAUCCCGGAACUGGACAUGGCCGAGGUGGUGGCUCCCUUCAUGGCCAACAUCCCGCUCCUCCUCUACCCUCAGGAUGGCCCCCGCAGCGAGCCCCAGCCGAAGGCUAGUGGGGAUGUUUGCCAGGACUGCAUUCAGAUGGUGACCGACAUCCAGACCGCCGUAAGGACCAACGCCUCCUUUGUCGAGUCCCUGGUGGAGCAUGCCAAGGAGCAAUGUGACCGCUUGGGGCCUGGCAUGUCCGACAUGUGCAAGAACUAUAUCAACCAGUAUUCUGAAAUUGCUGUCCAAAUGAUGAUGCAUAUGCAGGACCAGCAACCUAAGGAGAUUUGUGGGCUGGUUGGGUUCUGUGACGAGGUGAAGGAGGUGCCCAUGCAACCCCUGGUCCCUGCCAAAGUGAUCUCGGAGGACAUUAUCCCUGCUUUGGAGCUGGUGGAGCCCAUUAAGAAGGACCUGGUCCAGGCGAAGUCUAGUGUUUACUGUGAGUUGUGCGAGUAUGUGGUGAAAGAGGUGGUCAAGCUGAUUGACAACAACAGGACCGAGGAAGAAAUAAUUCAUGCUUUUGAUACCAUAUGCUCGAAAUUGCCUGUAUCCUUGUCCGAUGAGUGCCAAGAGGUGGUGGACACUUACGGCAGGUCCAUCCUGUCCAUCCUCCUGCAGGAGGCGAGCCCUGAGCUGGUGUGCACCAUGCUCCACCUCUGCAACUCCCAGCAGCUGCCCGCACUGACUGUACAUGUGACUCGGCAGAAGGACGGUGGUUUCUGCGAGGUGUGCAAGAAGCUGGUUGGCUAUUUGGACCACAACCUAGAGAAAAACAGCACAAAACAGGAGAUCCUGGAUGCCCUUGAGAAAGGCUGCAGCUUCCUGCCUGACCCCUACCAGAAGCAGUGUGAUCAGUUUGUGAGCGAGUAUGAGCCCGUGCUGAUAGAGAUCCUGGUGGAGGUGAUGGAUCCGUCCUUCGUGUGCUCGAAAAUUGGAGCCUGCCCUGCAGCCCGUAAGCCUCUUUUGGGAACAGAGAAGUGUGUCUGGGGCCCGAGCUACUGGUGCCAGAACAUGGAGACAGCAACCCUGUGCAAUGCUAUCGAGCAUUGCAAACGUCACGUGUGGAACUAGAAAGAACGUUCCAUCUUGGAGGAACCACAGCAUCUUUUCCUACUUGUAUGUCUGGGGGGACGAACACAGCUCUAUUGACUUUGUUAUAAAACUCAGCCCCCCCCCUUUCCCUUCACUCCAUUUCUUACCUCCCUUACUAUAUAUAGCAUUGCUGUCAGUGUGGGAGGUGUCUAACCCACUGCUGACGUAGCUGCUUCAGUGUCCCUUUUCUUUCCGCUAGAUGGAUAAUGACGUACUGUGCCCUGGAGGUCUUUUAGCCUGCCCUUGCAUGGUGGUUAGCUGGAGGGGGAGGAGCCGAGCGGCUUGACAGAAGGCCGUGCAUCCCUCCUUUUGGCUGGGGCUUUGUUGUGAGCCCUGAUCAGGGCUGGGGCACUGGUGGGCUUCUGAGGCCUCUACCUACCCUAAAGAGGGCCCUCCCUGCCGCCUGCGCCUGUUGGCUGCUUUACAAAGAAGCAAAAGAAAGGCAGUUGUAUAGGCAAGAUUAGAGGCUCACAACAGUUAGGCUUUUUGAACAGUAGAGUUCACACUGUAAUAGAGAUUUUGGAAGCAGCUGCUCAGGAGAACAGGGUGGGAUCUGAGUUCGCUGUCCCUGGGUCAACCUUUGAUCCUGUUUUCCUGUGUCUUUCCUGUUGAUGCCUUAUUUGGUGUCCUGUGAGUUUGGGUGGAAGUGGAAAAACCUGCCUGAAUGCAACCUGCUAGCUCUCUGUGGAGGUCCCGUGGGCCUGGCUUUAGUAGUGAGCAUGUGGACAGUGGUGACCCCUCGUGCCUGCUCUGUGUCUGCUGAGGCAUGCUUUGUGCCUCUGCGCUGCUGCCCACCGUCGCCCUGGACAGUCACAGCCCCUCACUUCCGACUCAUUUCGUAGCUGUUCUUUGUUGCCCUUGAAAUGAAUGUGGAUGAUAAACGCCUAAGCCUCUGGCUUCUGAGUAGGGGGUGUGCUGUCUGAGGGCCUUGGCUGCUGCCCUGCCUCCUGUUUGGUCGAAUCUUCUGUCCCACUUCUGGUUGCCAGGAGACAGUAAAAUCUGCAGUCACUAUUAAAUGGACUUAACGAUUUUUUGUUUUGCACUAAAGUUUCUGUGAUUUAACAAUAAAGUCUGUCAACCAGA